AACUGGCUGGUCUCUUUGCAUUUGUUCCAUUGAAAUGAGAGACAAAAUGGAAAGACUUGUUAUUCUUCCCUUCUCCGUUGGUUGUGUCUCCGAUGCAAGCGUGGCUGUUGCAGUGCACCACCACCAGCCUAGAAGAUCUAGGCCUGCCCUCAAAAGAACACAAGAAGAAGACGAAGACACUUUGUCGAGUGAAAACAUCAAGUAUUCACUCAAACUCCUUCCUCUUCCCAAGCCUGACAUUUCAGCUGGUUUUAAUAGGCUCUUCACCAAGAGUGUCAAGACUUUAUCUCAAUUAUUCGCCUACAAAGAAGAAAUAGAAGAGUCGGAAAACGAGAUGGAAAUCGGAUUCCCAACAGAAGUAAAGCAUGUGACACACAUAGGAUUGGAUGGAUCGGCUUCUAGUAGCCCCAGCAGCUGCGACAAUCGUCUCUCUUUGAAUGACUUUUACACUUUCCCCAUGGACUUACAGCCAGCGGCUACGUCACCCCUUUUUCAAGCUUCAACCUAGAUACCCCCAAACAUUGGAGGUUAUCAAUAAGACAAAUGGUGCUCUACUUAACCCAUAUUUGAUAAUUUGAUGUAUUUAAAU